CACAGUAAUAACACCAUUGGAUACCAGCUGCUGGUAAAGAAUGAUGCAAAAGAGGGAUUCUCCCAGGAUCUGAAGGAAUUGUUUGAUCCUUUAAAUCCGCGUCGCCAAGGAAAAUAUCUCACAUUUUGAUCCGAGUAUUUUUUUAAUUUAUUUUUUAUUUCAGGAAUCACUGUUGACUUUUUUUUUUUUUGUUUUGUCUUAUUUAGCGAUACAUUUGGUUUACUAUCACAAUCUUAAUGUUGCUAAGAGGGCAUUUCACCCCGUUGGAUAUUUGCAUCGUAGCAGAACGAAUCGCUUGGAUGUGCGCCUGAGACAUUGAGACACAGACAUUCAUAAACACGGACCCAACUGAAGAGAGCCGACCAGACGAGACCACCACUUAUUACCACCCAAAAGACUAAAGCACUCCACGGCACUCAGGAAUACACCAGGACAGAAUGGGAUAUGCGAACAGAAGCAUAAGAGGAUACACUUUUCUGCUUUGGGUUGCCGCCGUAUUGUUGUUAGUGGAAAGCAAAAAAGGCAAACAGCCCAAAUGCCCCCCUGGAUGCACGUGUACCAAAGAUAACGCCUUGUGUGAAAAUGUGCGAUCUGUGCCACACAGCUUUCCUCCUGAUGUCGUCUCACUAUCAUUUGUGAAGUCCGGAUUCAGUGAGAUUGCAGGAGGAAGCUUUCUCCACACACCAUCCCUGCAGCUUCUAUUGUUUACAGCCAAUUCUUUUGACUUUAUCGAUGAAGAUGCUUUCCAAGGUCUGCCACAUCUGGAGUAUCUGUUUAUUGAAAACAACAAAAUCAAGUCGAUUUCACCCCAUUCAUUUAGAGGUUUAAAAUCUCUCAUACACCUGAGUCUUGCCUACAAUAAUCUUGAGACAUUGCCCAAAGAUAUUUUCAAAGGAAUGGAUGCUUUAUCAAAAGUGGAUCUCAGAGGAAAUAUGUUCAGCUGUGACUGUAAGCUGAAGUGGCUGGUGGAGUGGAUGUAUAGCACCAAUGCAACAGUGGACCAGCUACACUGCAGUGGGCCUCCACCCUAUCAAGGGAAGAAGAUAAACGACCUAGUGCCUCAGUCUUUUGACUGCAUUACAGCAGAGUUUGCUUUAAAGACGACCCUUACAUUUGAGUCUAUAUCUGUGGAGGCCUUUACAUUUGGGAAUGAUCAGUAUGUUGUAUAUGCCCAGCCCUUCUCUGGAAAAUGCAGCUUUAUGGAAUGGGACCAUGUCAACAUGGAGUUCAGAGCCUAUGACACCAUAGAGAGCACUUCCACUGUGGUGUGCAAGCCAAUGGUCAUCGAUAACCACCUUUUCAUCAUUGUUGCUCAACUUUUUGGUGGCUCUCACAUUUACAAAAGGGACAGCUCUGCGAACAAAUUUAUCAAAAUCCAGGAUAUUGACAUUCUGAAAAUCAGAAAGCCCAAUGACAUCGAGACUUUCAACGUGGACGGUGAGUUUUUCUUCGUGAUAGCAGACAGCUCGAAGGCCGGCUCAACCACCGUGUACAAAUGGAACGGCAAUGGCUUCUACUCGCACCAGUCCCUCCAUCCCUGGUAUCGGGACACUGACAUCGAGUACUUGGAUAUUGCCGGCAAACCCCACCUUAUUUUGUCUAGCAGCUCCCAGAGGCCUGUUAUCUACCAGUGGAGCAAGAGCCACAAGCAGUUUGACCGCCGGACGGACAUUCCAGAAAUGGAGGACGUCUACGCCGUCAAACACUUCAAGGUGAAGGGGGAGCUGUUUAUCUGUCUGACACGCUUCAUCGGUGACUCCAAGGUGAUGAAAUGGGAUGGCUCGAUGUUCACAGAGAUACAGACAAUGCCCUCGCGGGGUUCCAUGGUGUUUCAGCCCGUCUCCAUUGGCAACUGGCAAUACGCCAUCCUAGGCAGCGACUACUCGCUAACCCAGGUCUAUCAGUGGGACACCAAGAAGAGCCAGUUUGUGCACUUCCAGGAGCUCAACGUCCAGGCACCGAGGGCAUUCUCGAUAGUGUCAAUUGAUUACAGAGAGUUCCUGUUGUCUUCUAGCUUUAAAGGGAAGACACAGAUUUAUGAGCACUUGAUGAUUGACCUGAGCAGUUAGGAUGUGAAUUUAACCAGAAUCCAGAAACUUACACACACAAACACAAGCCUGUUGUGAAACUACAUGCAUGAUCUAGCCUAGCACGUAAAAUAAUAAUAAUUCCACAUGAAUGCCUCUCUAGAAACUUCCCUUUGUGUCUUUUUCUGUUAUCACCAUCUGUUCUGCACUUUUCAUUUUUCCUCUUUUUUUGUCCUUUUAAACAAAAGCUAUUGAUAAUGUAUUCUCUGCCAUUAUGUGCUUGCCGAAUUGUCACUAAAGAGGUAUAAUAAGGAAACAACAAAGGUCAAAAAGUAAACUGUUGAUGCAAUUACAAUCUGCCAUAUAAACUGUUUACAUUUUUACAGUAAUGUAAAAAGCUAUUUUAACUUUUUCUUUUUUUACACAAAUAGGAUCACUUAAAUGACAUUACUCACAUUGUUCGUGAUAGAUUUUACAUGUGUUUUUAACCAUCAUUUUAUUGAAUAAUGCAAUAAGCUUAGAUUUAGCCCAGAACACUUUGAGGAAGGAAGUGUGGGAAGGAAGGUUAUUUGUUUCCUGGUACUUGUUUGUUUAUUUGUUAGAUCUAAUAAAACCUAUAAGAAAUAUGUGCCUGCUUUGUCAUGAUGAAUGAACAUAUUGUGUUCAGUGGAAUCAAAUGUUGCUGUGGCAUAUCAGAGAGAUUCUCAAGAAACCUGUCAUGAACAUGUUCUGGCAGGGCUGUUUCUGAGCAUAUGGGGGCCUUUAGCGAAAUCCUACUUGGAGGCCCAAGUAGAUGAUUACAUACAAAAUGGCUAUUUACAAGGAAUUUGUGUACUUAAAUCCCCAGCUGCCUUUGAUACAUCUAAAUAUUUCAAUAUGGCACCUGAAAAUAAUGGAGACAAGACAAAUUUGGUUGAUUGAAUCAUUUACUGUCUGCUGCAACUACCAUCAGCAAGCUUACUAGUUGAAACGAAGAUAGCACCGAGUCUGUGAACUAAUCUUGGUUAGCUACACUAUGCCCAAUAUCUGCACCUUAGCUAUAGCUAGCAGAAAUGUCUGGAAACAUGUACCUUUGUAAAAUAGGACACAACUGCAAAAUGUUAGCUUACAAAUUAUUGCAAUUUAAUGCAUGACAAUGAACAAACACCAUCUAGCCAGGUAGCUGGCUUACAUUUAUUUCUUACAAGUGAUCUGGCUGUGUUUCUUAUCCUCUUCCUUUUUCUUUUUUUUCUGCUCCCAAAUUGUAGGUAUGCUUUAUGAAGCUGAAAACCCUUUGCGCGUGCGUGUGCCUGUGACAUCUAGCUACAACUCUCUCCUUGCAGUUACAUUCUCCUUUCCCUCUCGGCCCACAAGAGGGCCCCCUAUAACUUAUUGAGCCUUCACAGCUGCCUUAGCCUUACUUUCAGCUUUUGGUAUAUUUAAAAAAUAAUAAAUAAAAUUAAAAAUGUAAAAGACAAUCUUGCUUUGAGGGCCCCCUGGUGGCUCGGAGCCCUAAGUGGCCGCUUAUAUCAUUUAUAGCUAGAAACGACAAUGUGUUUGUGUCAAAUUUACCCCAAAGUACAAAGAAAGAUUUUUUUUUUACAUUAUUUUCAUGACC